AUGCCGGUCCCCGGGAGCGAUCCCGUCUCCCGAUUCGGUCUUCAAUCACGUCCCGCUCCCGCUUCUCCGCGUAAUUCAACGUCUCGAACCUUCCCAAAAUACCGAGGUAGUAGCCAAGCAAUUUGCGGUAUCUGUAGCAUUUUCUGUCUAAGACAGACUUGGAGUUGCAGUUGUUUCCUUGGUCCGGGACUCCGGUCACCGGUGACAUUCCGUUACGGAUUAUCCGACGUGUGCAACAAAAACGAACGACAGCUUUCAAAACACCUACUACAUACCUCACUCACAAUUGGAAGGAGCCCCGGUCGGGUCGCCAGAAUGGACGCUCGGGUACUAAAGCAGCUCAGAUAUAUAAAGCCCAUGGGGAUCCCAACUCAUGAAGCCUUCGAAUGCCAUCUUCUCACAACGCAAACUACAAUAUUCCAGAAAGAAAGCAACCCAAACCCAAACCUGAAGCUACAUACAAGCUUGAAGAAGUCAACAGCUCCAAGCUUCCACCCACUCGUUCAUAACACCCACACAAGCACAUCCAACUUAUCAACAUGUCCACCACCGCCAUCCCCAUCGCUUCCUUCGGCAACAACCCCAAGGUCGCCCAGGCCAUUCGUGAUAAGCUUCUUCCAGAAUAUGACGUCGUCCACACAACCCUCGACCUCUCCACCUCCCUCUCCGAACUUCCCUCCCUCUGCAACGCCAACAACAACGACAACGCCAGCGCCUCUACCCCAGCCGACCGCAAGGUGCCCAAGGCCAUCAUCUUCGGCGGCGGCGUGUCGCCCUCGGACGCCGAGCAGGUGA